AUGGUAUUUGCCAUCAAGGAGAUCAAUGAAAAUCCCAGGCUCUUGCCCAACGUCACCUUGGGUUUCCGUAUCUAUGACAGCUACUUGAAUCCAAGGUGGACCUAUCAUGCCACACUUCAUCUUCUUUCUCCCUGGAAAAGAUUUGCUCCCAACUACAGAUGUGACAGUCAAGAUAACCUGUUUGCAAUUAUUGAAGGAUUUUUCUCUGCAGCUUCAUCCCAGAUCCCGAGUGUUUUCGGCAUGUACAAGAUUCCUCAGCUCUCUUAUGGCUAUGCUUCACCAACUGUGGAAGACAUUCAGUUUGUUUCCUUAUACCAAAUGAUCCCAAAUGAAGCCCUCCAGUACAAGGGGAUUCUGCAGUUACUUCUCCAUUUCGAUUGGACAUGGGUUGGAUUCUUUGAUUUUGGAAUUCAUAUGAAUUCAGAAUGGUUUAUGGAGCAUAUGGUUCCUGAAUUUUCCAAGAAUGGCAUCUGUUUUGACUUCAUAGACACAGCCUUUAAGUACGGUAUGGAUAAAGGAGUCAGAGAACUAAUGAAGUGGUUUGAAAAAGUGAAUGAUAAACUCAUGAAGACCCAAGCCAAUGUUUUGAUUUUUUAUGGAGAUCAUUAUUCCAUAAUUCUUUUCAGAUAUUUUCUAAGUAACACAAUGUGCAAAAAUCACUUUAAAAAGCCAAAAGGAGGAGUCUGGCUUCUCACAGCCCAUCAAGAAAUAAAAUCAAUUCCCAGCCAUAGGAACUGGAGUACACAGUACUUUCAUGGCGCAUUAUCAGUUGCCAUUCACUCAAAUAAAGUUCCGGGAUUCCAAGAAUUUCUUCUAAGAAGAAGUCCUUCCAAUAGUAAAGGAGAUGGUUUUCUCCAGGACAUCUGGGCUCUCGCAUUUAGCUGUGUAUUCCCCAAUUCCUUUUUGAGAAAUUCUCAGGACUUUAUAUCCACUGGUAACUGCACUGGAGAGGAAAAGCUGGAAAAUCUUCCUCAGCCUUAUUUGGAAACGAGCAUGACUGGCCGUAGCUAUACCAUCUACAAUGCUGUCUACGUGGUGGCCCAUGCUUUACAUGCUAUAUUUUUGUCCAAGUCUAGUAGAAGACUGAGAGAAGGAAAGAGAAAGGAGCUUCAGAAUUUUCAGCCAUGGCAGCUUCACCACUUCCUCAGAGAUGUGUCAUUUAAUAACACUGCUGGGGACAAGGUUUCCUUGGUUCAGAAGGAGGAACUGGAAGGAAGAUUUGAUGUUAUCAACUGGGUCACUUUACCAAACCAAUCUCUCAUUAAACAGAAAGUUGGAAAUAUUGAUCUCCAGGCUCCAGCAGAUCAAGGAUUCUCCAUUAAUGAGGAUAUUAUUCUAUGGGAUUAUUGGUUUAAACAGAGACGGCCUCAUUCUGUAUGCGCUGAAAACUGCCAUCCUGGAUACAGGAAGAAAAAGAAAGAGGGGAAGCCAUUCUGCUGUUACGAUUGUGCUCCAUGUCCAGAGGGGAAGAUAUCUGCUCAGAAGGACAUGGAUGACUGUUUUGAAUGCACAAGUGACCAUUAUCCAAACAAGGAACAGAAUUUUUGCAUACCCAAGGUUGUAACCUUUUUGUCUUAUGAGGAGCCUUUGGGGAUCAGUUUAGCCCUGAUUGCUCUUCUGUUUUCUCUGAUCACAGCUCUCAUCUUAGGACUCUUUACCAAGCACCACAACACUCCCAUUGUCAAAGCCAACAACAGAAGCCUCACGUACACUCUUCUCCUCUCCGUCUUUCUCUGUUUCCUGUGUGUUUUUCUAUUCAUCGGCCAACCUGGGAAGGUGACCUGUCUCCUCCGCCAAACUGCUUUUGGCAUCAUCUUCUCAAUGGCUGUUUCUUCUGUGUUGGCGAAAACAGUCACUGUCAUUCUAGCUUUUUGGACUACAAACCGGGAUCCAAAUGGGGGGAGGGGGGUGGGGAAAAGACUGGCCAAAUCCUUUGUUCUUUCUUGCACUCUUACUCAAGCAGUUAUUUGUGGUCUAUGGUUGGUGAUCUCUCCCCCAUUCUCAGAUGCUGAUAUGCAUACAUUCACUGAAGAAAUUAUCCUGAAUUGUAAUGAGGGUUCAGCUAUCAUGUUUUACUGUGUUCUGGGCUACAUGGGCUUUCUGGCCACUGCCAGCUUUUUUGUAGCUAUCCCAGCUAGGAAGUUACCUGACAGUUUCAAUGAAGCCAAAUUCAUCACCUUCAGCAUGUUGGUAUCUUGCAGUGUUUGGAUGACCUUUGUUCCAACCUACCUGAGCACUAAAGGGAAAUACAUGGUGGCCGUAGAGGUCUUCUCUAUCUUAGCCUCCAGUGCAGGCCUGUUAGGCUUCAUCUUUCUUCCAAAAUGCUACAUUAUUGUUCUCAAGCCUGAGCUGAACCACAGGGUCCAUCUUAUAAGGAGGAAACACUGA